AUGACUGGCCGAGCAGUAUCUCCUCGCGACCAGACUCUGCUUUCACCCGGCCAAUUGGCAGCUGGCUCUGAGACCAACCAGGUCUCUCAGGCUUUCACCUCUUCAGGUUCAAUGCAGUACAUGCGAAGCUCUUCAGGAGAUAAGAUCCAGUCGACCGUCCAAUCACUACCUUCAUCCUCCUCAUACCAGCAACAUACCCAGAAGAAGAAGUCGUUACGCUGGCCACUCUGCCCCUCUGCGGCCCAUUCGUCUGCCAAGAAUCGAACUCAAACUGCCCCUGGGUCGUUUGAACUUAUUUCCUCCGAAGUGGUUGACCGCCUCAUUCUGGUGGCUCGGAUGAUCGCGGCUGAAACGUGUCGAAUGCGUCGUCAUCAGAUGCUUCCAGCCGGCCCCAACUUAGCCCCACCACGCCACGGGCCGUAUCAGUUAUCUUUGGCCUGCCCACCUGAAACCUCAACUGCUACUGGCGAGGCUUGUACACGCCAAUGCAUGCUAGAGACUCAGGGUAUCGAGUUUUCAUCUGCCCAAGACAACGUUGAUAUGAGAGUUUUAAAUAGCCCAGUCUCCCCUCUAACAUGUUCCCUCGGCCUAGGACUCGACUCUGCGGCAGCCAACAAGAAAGCACAAAAUGCAAUUGAAGCUCCAAGUGAAGAUGCAGGCAAGCCUAGAAUGGCCGAUGGGACAGAGUCGGGGGAUGAUUCCUCGUCAGAUCCUCUCGACAGCCUUGCUCUUCGGAUUACUAUUGCCGGGCUACAUACGCGACAGGUUAAGUUGCGCCAUAUGCGUCGAAAGAUUCGCUGUCUCGAAGACAAGGUAAUGUAA